AUGCUGAUGGGUGAUCCUGCCCCAAGGCAAGUAGCCAAGCGGGUUAUCCGCGAGGUGAUUCCGGCUUCUGUACAAGAAAUAUUCCUAGAGGAGAUGAGCAUCGACAGUUCGGUAGAUAUGCAAUUUCCCGCCCCACCAGAGAUCCGAUACGAAGGCAACAGGCAGCGCUGCCAUGAUCCAGACAGACAGAUUCUCGUAACCCACCACAACAAGAUGUCCUCGGAAGAGAGGUCUCGCGAUGCAAAUCGUUUCAUUCGUCGCGUGGUCGAGGACAUGGAGCGCUGCGGUAUUGUCAGCCUUGCUACCGAAUACGAACCUCCUCAGACACGACCAGUUAUUAUCCAAGGUUCUGACGGCGCACUGGACCUCUACUUUCCAUAUGAGUUCGGGGGUCUCUCGCCGGACGCCGAGCUUACGCCGAACUUGACUCUGCCAAGUAAGACAUGCCUCGUGGACUUCGUCAACAAGUUCAAGGAGCAGAGCCCUAAGGGAAUAAUGGCGAAAGGAAGUAUAUUGACGCACUAUUGCGUGUGGCCGAUGCCUGCCAUCAAGCGCUUAGGCAAGAGCAGGCUCAAUUUCGGGACAUGGGAAGGCCAUGUUUACCAUUGGAAUGCGAUGCGUAAGUUUCACGCACUUCUUGAGCGGCUGUUUUUCUUUAACGAAGGUUCCACUGACUUCAAACAUAGCCUUCGAUCGUCCCUGGUCCUCUCACGCAUGGCAAUACUAUCUUAG